AUGCGUAGCCUCGCCAUUUCAGCCUUGCUCACCGCUACAUAUGCCAGCAAUAUUCACGAUGUCUGCACUCCCUCAUACGUACAACAGCAUCUCCCAGCACCUGAUUUCUACCAAGGACUCACUAUUGACACGUCUACUGUGACGGCAAACCCGGUAAUAAACGUUACAGUCGUGGAUAAUGACUUCUACCCAGAUGCAGUCUUCGAUUACUGCAACGUGAGCUUCACUUAUUCACACAAUGGUGUGAAUGAUGAAGUCGCUCUUACAUACUGGCUUCCAACACCCACGGACUUUCAAAAUCGCUUUCUAGCCACAGGUGGUGGCGGAUACGCAAUCAACUCUGGGAACCAGUCUCUUCCAGGAGGCAUUAUCUACGGAGCCGUUGGUGGACUGACUGAUGCUGGAUUCGGAGCUGCGCAAAGCAACACCGUGACCCAAUGGCUUUCCUCGAAUGGGACCUUGCAUUGGCACAACAUUUAUAUGUUCGGUUACCAGGGCAUCCGAGAGAUGAGCGAGCUUGGCAAGGAAUUUACCAAGUCAUUUUUCAACCUCACUCAAUCGAAUACCACCCUCUACUCCUACUACCAAGGCUGUUCAGAAGGUGGUCGAGAAGGAUGGAGCCAGGUUCAAAGAUAUGCGGAUGCCUACGACGGCGCUAUAGUUGGUGCGCCGGCAUUCAGGUGGUCCUUCCAGCAGACACAGCUCCUCUAUCCAGAUGUUGUUGAACAGACCAUGGGGUAUUACCCAUCUCCUUGUGAGCUGCAGGCGAUCGUCAAUCAGACUAUCAUCAGUUGUGAUCCUCUUGAUGGCAAGGUAGACGGGGUUGUGGCACGAACAGAUCUCUGUUAUAUACAAUUCAACAUUUCAGCAAUCCAAGGCCAGCCAUAUUAUUGUCCUGCGACGCCAGCAUCACCACUAUCACCGGCAAUACCUGCACAACAAGGCAACGUCACACAAGAAGCAAUCGCAGUGGCGAAGAAAAUUCUCGAAGGCUUGCAUGAUGACCAAGGCAGACGAGUCUAUUUCGCACCUACCCCCAGCGCUCAGUUUACCGAAGCGCAGACGGGCUGGAAUGCGACAAGCAACCAGUGGGGAUUGUCGGUCCUCAGCCUUGGGGGCGUUUUCGUUGAAGUCGAAAUUGACUUGCUCAAUGGCUCAAACAUUCCGAACCUCAAUGGGGUGACUUAUGACACCCUGAAAGACUGGAUAUAUGAGGGUAUGCAGCGAUUCCAGGGUGUACUGGAGACCACCUGGCCUGAUAUCACGCCCUACAAGCAGGCUGGCGGCAAGGUGCUCAUGUUUCAUGGCGAGUCAGACUGGGGUAUUCCUACUGCUUCGUCAGUCCGGUACUGGGAGUCCGUUCGACAGAUCAUGAAUCCAGGGAUGAGCUAUAAUGACUCUGCGGCAGCCCAAAAUGAGUUCUUUCGUCUGUUCCUGGUUCCGGGUGCUACGCACUGCGCGUCCAACCCUGCCGAACCAAACGGUCCUUUCCCGCAAACGAAUCUGGCUGUGAUGAUCGAUUGGGUGGAACAUGGAAUUCUCCCAGAGACUUUGAACGGAACCAUUAGACAGGGCCCAUCGAAAGGUCAGAAUCAACAGAUUUGUGCUUGGCCCUUGCGGCCAGUUUGGAGUGGCAAUACCUCCAACCCGGAAUGCUUGUACGACCAGCAAAGCGUGGAUUAUUGGAAUUAUGACUUGAAUGCCUUCAAUGUUCCGAUUUAUUAGGGUACCGAAGAGGCUGGAAGCAUACGCCCCUUGCACAGUAUAAGUUGCAACGUACUGGAAGAGUAAUUGGCGGCUGUUUUACAGUAAUUACCUCGUAGCAUAUACAGCUCUACAACCGUCGAGGCCGUCCCAUGCGCCUAAUAAUCCCUUAGUUUGAUGUGGGAUCUGCUGCUCAAGUGUAUGUGGCUUUUGAUUCUAUGGACGAAUUCAUGCAUGAAAUGAAUGGUUCGAGGAUGGCCAUCAGUUCUCACGUUUGCGACGGCAGAGCAU